GUUCCGAUUAUCUUUGCUUCUACACCUUCUCUUCUUCUCGUUCCAUUCAGUAUGAAGUUCACUGCUGCUACCUCAGUUGCUCUCGUUGCCCUUAUUGCUGCUGCUCAAGCACAAAACUCAUGUACCUGUGAUCCUUCCGACUACUCCUGCCUUGCCGACUGUGUCAAGAAUACCAGUAGCUGUAUCACUGACUGCUCAGAUAACUCCUGCUAUCAAAACUGUAUUCAAAACAAUUGGCCAGGUCAGACCAGUUCUGCUUCUGCUAGUACCGAUGCUUCAACUAGCACCGACGCUUCUACUAGCACCGAUGCAUCUUCUAGCAUGGCUACUGCCACUGCAACCGAAUCCGCCGUUACUGAAUCUCUUUUGGCCACUGCUAGCUCUGCCGGUCCUAGCGCCGCAUCCGCUUUGGCCACUGCUUCCAGCCAAUUCUUGUCAGCUUCUUCCAGCUUGAAGAGCAUGAUGACUUCGGGAUUGGCAUCGGCUAGUAAGUCUUUGCAAAGUGCUGCAUCCAGUGCUACUGUCCCACCAUCUGCUUCCGCUACCCAUUCUGGCGCUGAUGAUCUUCAGAUCCAAAAGGCUGCUGUGGCUGCUAUCGCUCUUGUUGCCGCCGCUGCUGUCUACUUCUAAGACCCUACCUCCACCAUAAUCUGUGCUCGAGCACCCUUCAUCCCCAAUACAUUUAACACCUGGCUUUUUUUUUAAAAAAAAAUUCCGCUUGUCUCUACAUGAAUUUAUUUUCAAUCCAUUGUGUGAGUGAGAAGGAUAAACAAUAACAACAACAAAAAGUCAAUACAAUACAUGGCAAGCAUAUGUAAGCAAAUAAAUUUUACUUCGUUUCACUACGUC